CCUCCACUGUCAGCUCAGUCAUUCACACACACACUCUUUUCUCUUUCCUGCUGUGUGCCAGUCCCUCUCUCUCCCUCCACUUCCUCAAAGUGGCCAGAGCUCCUCUCUUCCCUCUUGUCCUCUUUACAUCCCUCCACCACUCUUUUUCUCCCUCCUCCAGCUGUGAGAGCGACCAGACCUCUGGCUCAGGCUGUUCGUCUUCAUCUCCACAAGUUGAACGGAUCUCAGGCCUGCUACUUUCCCAAACUUCUCCUGAAGACUUGAUUUUCAUUCUUGACCUUUUCUUUUUUUGGAGGGGUGUCCUUAACCCUUCCCCUUUCGGAGAGGCAGCUUGGUGUGUGUCUGGUGUGUGUGCAGCAACGUGUGUGAGGGCUCUGGUGUCGUGCUCUUUGCCCUAAGGGAGUCCCUAAAGGUUGUGACUGAAGGAGAGACGUUUUCCCCAAGAUGAAUGUUCAGCUGCUGCUCCUGUUGGCCCUGGUUGGCCCUUUUUGCGUCUUCACACGUGCAAGCCCGACAAGUAUUCCUACAGAACUUGCUGAUGUGGGAACUGCGACAGAAGCAAAUGUCCCCCUUGACACUACCAGCGCUCCAAAAGAGGAACUUACUGUUGUCACUGGUCCUUCUCCAACUGAACCAGUAGCGGCUCCUGAAAAAGUUUCAACAGUAGCUUCCACAGAGGCAGCGCCUCCUGCCAUCACGGUUAUUACUGAGCAGUCCAUUGUUGAGACAGAAGCCCCUGCUGCUGCUUCUACUGAAGCACCAGCUGCUGCUUCUACUGAAGCACCAGAACCCCUUAUCAGUGACCCACCUGCUGUGGAAACCGCAGCCCCCACUGAGGCAGCAAAGGCUGUGGACCCUCCUGCGGUGACGACAGCUGCCAAGGGAGAGCAGAAUGACGAGGUGAUCUUGGAAGACGAGACAGGCGGCUUGAGUUCUGGCCAGGUAGUCGGCAUUGUGAUUGGCGCUCUCUUGGCGGUGGUCAUCGUCAUCGCCGUGGUGAUUGUCGUGGUGAGGAGGAUGGGCAAAUACUCCCCUUGAGGAAAAAGCCGGCCAAGCAGCAGGAGCGCCCAAAGUUCUGGAAAUUCUGAACUACUGAGCUGUGACAUCACUUCCAUCAUUAAAACAAGCACAAUACCAGAACUAAACUAAUCUAACCAGGACUCUGGACUGUUGCCAAAAAAAGAGGGGGAAGGAGGCUUGUGUGUGUUUAUGUAUGUACUGUAUGUAUGUGAGACAAGAGGGGUACAUGAGCAAACAUCCUCACCUCCCCCGCUACCUCCCUGACCCCCAGGAGCUGCUGAUAUAAAAGCCUCCCCUACUCCCUCGGAGAGAACAAAACAAGGUGACAGCAGGAUGUUGCAGAGAAUUUCGGGCCUUUUCAAACACAUUUUGUUCAAAAAACAAAAAAACAAUAGAGAGAAAGAAAGAACAGUAGGGGAUUAUCUGACAUCUAGGGGUAAAAUCUCUCUCCUUUAAAGUAUGACUGAUUUAGAUUUGCAUGGCAGUUUGAGAGGGCUUAAAAAUGUAAAAUACUGACAAAUGGAAAGGAAAUUAAAUACACAAGGAAGGUGGGAGCAGGAGAGGAGGCAGGAGAGACUGUUACAAAUUCCACAGGAUGUAUAUACAAUGCAAGGGGACUACAUAGUAUACAGCUAAUGACUUUCUCAUAUGUUGCAGUUCGCGUAGGCUAGCAUUUGAUAUUAUGGAAUACAAAGUACAUACAGGCGGCCUUAGGCUAUUGUUGUGGCUAACAGACCUUUAAAGCACCCCUGAGCACCAGUUAAACAAUUCCCUCACAUAGCCAGAAUCCCUGAUAUGUUGGCCAACUGUAUGAAGCACCGUGUGCAGAAGUUGUUUUGACAUAACACUCAUGAGCUCUAGCAGGGCUAGCAUGGGGCUAACAGAAAGAAAAGGGCACCCUCAUUUGCAAGAGUAACGUGACAUUCUGCCCACUUUAACACUGACAUAUAAAAACCUAAUACAUAUCUGUGAAAUUUAGCAGAAGGGUUUGUGCCACUGUCUCUGGUAUUCUCUAGGUAGUUAGGAGGAUUUUAACUUUUGAAGUGCAUUAUUAAUGUGAAUUGACUGUACUUUUAACUGCCACCCAUUCCAAAAAGAACAGCUUUGAUGACUCCUGGCUUGUUCCUUAUCAAGGCUUACACACACACAGCCAGUGGUCAUUAGACAUAGUGAUACCAUUAUCUUGACAAUGUAUUCAUAGUACAUCUGUUAAUAGUUAGAUUACCAGAACAGCCAUCCAGUCUUUCAAUUGAGCUAACCCCAAAUUGCGUGCACAGGAUGACGUUUUAUAGUUGCACUUAGUUUUAGUGCACAGUGUCAGGCAGUAAUGCCCUGUUUUGUUAUUUUUGCAAUUGUAAGUGUGCUAAAUGGGUGUACAAAUAAUGAAGUCUCAGCUUAGCUCCGCUUGCUUUACAAACUCGUUUAAUAUGUGCACUGAAUGAGUGAUGUAAUGUUUAAUGAAUAGGCUUUAGACACUGCAAAUGUUUGCAACGACACGUGUUUGUUUCCUCCCUUCUGCUUUGCCACAUAUUAUCAGUUCUAGGUCUUUAAUUUGUGCCAUCUGAUUUGUCUGAACCCUUUUAAUUUAAUUGCAGUGUUUUUGUUCAUACUGUUUCAAUAAAAAACUUAAAACACUAAAA